CCGGGUUGAACUAGUAAUUCACUCUCAUCGAGACGAUCAUAUCUGGAGUUGACCAGAUAAUAGACCCAAGAUUCGAUUAUGUCUAUGUAGCGUCCGACUCACCCGCAAAACAAUCAUCAACCAUGCCACCGAAAUCUUUCCCCGAAAAGUUUGCCAACUUAGAGACCAGAGAUGGUAAACAGUCUGCAUGUGUCUGCAGAAGGGAAUGCAAUAACUGCAAGAUCUUCCUCGGCUUCUUCGUCCUGUCCUUGUCGCUGCAUCUCGUCACCUUGUUUUGUUAUCUGGACCUGAGAUCCGAAGUGAAGCGAGAGAUCCUUGAGAAGAGCCGGGGUGAUGUUAUCCCCGUGGGGUCCGCGGAGCCUCGUGAACUGCCCCCCUCUGAGCUGCAGCUUCUGGACAUGCGCUACUCAGAAAUCGACCUGCAGAGUGGCGUGCACCGGACUCGUGGGCUGAGGGACUCACGGCUAGCCGCAGAGAGCAUGGAGAGUGCGCUCCACCGCGUGAAGAGGAGCCAGGGAGGCAAACGAGGCCCCGAACAAGAACGGAACGGUGGCAACGUGAAGAGAAAGGAAAGAAAAAAAGGCAAGAAAGGGCCCCCAGGUGCUCCCGGCCCUCCUGGGCCCCCAGGCCCAGCAGGCAUACCUGGCAUACCGGGGAUCCCAGGCACCAACGCCCCUGGCCCGCCCGGACCCCCAGGCCCCGUAGGGCCUCCCGGGCCCCAGGGGCCACCUGGCCCGCAAGGUCCGUCAGGGGGUGGUGAGAGGGUUCGGCUGAGAGACUUUCAGCCGGCUGUGGUGCAUCUGCAGGGUCAGGAGACCACCAUACAGGUGAAAGAAGAUCUUUCAGAAGGCGUACUCAGAAACUGGAAAAUGAUCUCCAUGCACCACAAGGUGUUUAAGAUGCACUCGCACUCGGGGGAGCUGGAGGUGCUGGCGGACGGCACCUACUUCAUCUAUAGUCAGGUAGAAGUAUAUUACCUGAACUUCACGGACAUCGCCAGCUACGAGGUGAUGGUGGACAAGACGCCGUUCCUGCGCUGCACGCGCAGCAUCGAGACGGGCCAGCGCAAGUUCAACACCUGCUACACGGCCGGCGUGUGCGUGCUGCGCGCCCGGCAGAAGAUCUCCAUCCGCAUGGUGUACGAGGACACGUCCAUCAGCAUGACCAACCACACCACCUUCCUGGGCAGCAUACGGCUUGGGGACGCACAGCCCGGGGGCCACACCUAACAUCACUACCACCCCUCCAAAAUCUCCUAUCCCUUACUAUACCACCUCCUUGGUAUACGCCUGGGGGACCGCACAGCCCAGGGAGGUAUCUCUAACAUCACUGCACUCUAAAGUCCAUUUCAGUGUCCCUAUUCCCAACCAUGCCACCUUGUAAGGCAGCAUACACUUUUGGAGACGCACAACCUGUGGGGCACACCUAAAGUUACUACAGCCUCUCCAAAUCUCCUAUUCCUUACUAUACCACCGUUUUAGGCAGCAUACUCCUGAGAGACGCACAGCCCAGGAGACACACCUAACACCACUGCAGCCCCCAGUCUAACAUCUAACCAGAUUCCCUUCUCCUUACCACACCUCCUUGUUAGGCGGUUUACGCCUGGGAGACUCACACUCACUCACUGAGGUCCUGCACACUGUUGCGAACCCCUCUUCUCUCCAUCCAAAUCCUUAUUCCCAACCACAGCACUGUCUUAGGCAGCAUAGGCCUGGGAGAUGCUCAACCAGGCGGGCACAUCUAACACACCACUACAACCCCUCCCCACGUCCCACUCCAACGCACACAGAUUCCAUAUUCCGUACCACAGCACCUUCUUAGUCAGCAUACGGCCCGGCAGGGCCCACCUACCAUCACUACAACUCCCUUACUCCAAACUAUUCAUAUCCUCUAUUACUUAUCACACCAACAUCCUGGGCAGUUUCUAACGCCCUUUUCUUCUACAUAACACCUCCCCACCCAAACCUAUCCAAGACGAGAUGCACAGUUCACCUGGUAGGUCAAAGUUUGGGUGCUGCUGGGUGCAUCAAAACCACUCAUCCGAAAUCCAUUCAUGCCUAAGAUCAGUGCUUGGGUGCUAAAGCUGACUCUGCUUCUGAUUACCGUGUGCCUAGUCCCCUACCCUGACGUCUACGAUCACUCCCCUCUCCUUACACCUGUCAGGGGGGAAUGCUCCCUUUGAGACUUUUCAUUUGACAUAGAGUACACCCCCCUAGCGAGGCAGCGCCCCUCUAGUGAAGCAACAUCUUCAGUGUUGCUUCUAGUCAGGGCAGGAGCAAUACAAAUAUCCUUUAUGAGCGCCAGAAAAAUCGGGAACUCCUCCCACUUUGUCAGGAAGCAAACAACCAGUAGCAGACCAAUGGAGGCGGGUCAACCAUGCUGUUUUUGGAAAAUGUCCAUUGUUAUGCUCUUGGUCAGACCAAGUCUCCAAGAGAUUUAAAGUCCAUGAUAACCACAUCGCUUAAGCACUCACUACCGGGCAAGGCACCAUCACACGCCUACAUCCAUAUGCUGUCCCCUCCUGGCUACGACCACAAGUCAUCCACACCCUUCCCAACACAGUUGUGUAAAUUAUGAGUAGAAGUGCUGUUACGGAUGUAAUUACAACACCAGUAGUAUGAUGUUACAUAGCUGCAACUAGUAGCAGUACUUCUACUUGUACCGUACUUUACACAACUCUGCUUCCUUAUAACCCCUCAACCCCAUGACCCAACCACACUUAAAACCAGACAACCAAACAGCAUCCGCCUUAUGGAGGCACUGGGUGUUCAUCCCUGAACAUAAACACAGACUCACCUGUUAUACCGCUGCACGCCCACCAGACCACAGACACGCCCCUCUCACCUCUGGCUUCCUGUCGUCACUGUCUGUAGGGCGGUGAGUCCUGGAAUCCAAAAAGUUGGAAAGGGCAACAGCAACACACGCACACACACACACACACACACACAAACACACACACACACACACACACACACCCUACUUCACCUCCCCUUUUGCCUUUUGUAUGCUAUUAAACCCACUUCCACCUCCGGCUGUAGGCCAACUGCUCCCCUUUCCUGCCCACUCCACGUCUCACCUCGCCUGGACUCACCCGACCCGUCUCUGCCCUGGGCGUGUGAAGGGAUUCCAAUGCUCUGCCCCUCUCUCCCUCUCCCUCCCCCCUCUCUCCGGGGCAUCCUGACGAGCUCGUUGGGAAUCCUUUGACAGUAAUCAUAAAGUAGUGAUGGCAACUGACGUAAUGGAGAUGCACGCAAUGGCUUGCCAGCGGAGCGAGCGCGUGUCAUUUCACAGCGACAUGCAAGUAACCACAAGACCAGCAGAAGGAAUUGUACGUAAAUUGAGACAAGCGUGCACGACUCUACAAGUCGACUGUGCAGACGAGCGAACACAAUACAAUGUCGUGUCGGCUAUCAAGCGCUCUCUCUUUUUUUGUUCUCUCUCUCUCUCUCUCUCUCUCUCUCUCUCUCUCUCUCUCUCUCUCUCUCUCUCUCUCUCUCUCUCUCUCCGAAGCAAGGUUAUUUAAGACGGAUAAUGAACGAAUUCCCAGUGAAGGAAUGCAUGCGACCAUGGCCAUGUUUCCUCAUGUCCUAUUAGCCUGGUUUGAACUCGGAUCACUCCCAUGUGCAUGCACACCCAUACAUACAUACAUAC